CCGCCGAGCCGCGGGGCGUCAGAAGCAGGCAGAAGCAAACAUGGCGGCGGUGACCAGAGGCUCCUUCAGCGUCUUCAGGCGGCUGCUCAGCCAGCAGUACCGCCGGGGGCCGCGCUGCAUCCGCUACCUGCACGCCUCGCCAGUGAUUGGCCGGCCCAUCGUCCCCUUCAAGCUGUCCGACAUCGGGGAGGGCAUCAUGGAGGUGACGGUCAAGGAGUGGUACGUGAAGGAGGGCGACCGCGUGUCGCAGUUCGACAGCAUCUGCGAGGUGCAGAGCGACAAGGCGUCGGUCACCAUCACCAGCCGCUACGACGGCGUCAUCCGCAAGCUGUACUACCCGGCCGACGCCACGGCGGCCGUGGGCCGGCCGCUGGUCGACAUCGAGACGGAGGAGGGCUCCGAGGCCCCCCAGGAGGAGGACGUGGUGGAGACCCCCGCCAUGGCCCGGGAGGAGCACACCCACCAGGAGAUCCGGGGCCUGAAGACCCAGGCCACGCCCGCCGUGCGCCGCCUGGCCAUGGAGAACAACAUCAAGCUGAGUGAGGUGGUGGGGACGGGGCGAGACGGCCGCAUCCUGAAGGAGGACAUCCUCAACUUCCUGGCGCGGCAGACGGGCGCCAUCCUGCCGCCCACGCUGUUCCGGGAGAGCUCCGCCCCCAGCCAGGCUCCGCCCACAUCCCCCCGGGCCGGGGGCGGGGCCGCGGCCAAGGCGGCGCCGGCGCCGGCACCGCCGCCAGAGAUCAGGGGCGAGGACGUGACAGAGCCGCUCAACGGGUUCCAGCGGGCCAUGGUGCGCUCCAUGACGGCCGCCCUGCGGAUCCCCCACCUGGGCUACAGCGACGAGCUGGACCUGAGCCCCCUGGUGGCGCUGCGGGCGUCGCUGCGCCCCGAGGCCGAGGCCCGGGGCGUCCGCCUCAGCUUCAUGCCCUUCUUCAUCAAGGCGGCGUCCCUGAGCCUGCUGCAGUUCCCCGUCCUCAACGCUUCGCUGGACGAGUCGUGUCAGAACAUCACCUACAAGGCCUCCCACAACAUCGGCGUUGCCAUGGACACCAGCCAGGGCCUGCUGGUGCCCAACGUGAAGGGCGUGCAGCGGCUCAGCCUGCUGGACGUGGCCCGGGAGCUCAACCGGCUGCAGGCGCUGGGGGCCGCCGGCCAGCUGGGGGCGCCGGAGCUCAGCGGCGGAACCUUCACCCUGUCCAACAUCGGAUCGAUCGGGGGGACCCACGCCCGGCCCGUCAUCCUCCCCCCGGAGGUGGCCAUCGGCGCCCUGGGCCGGAUCCGCGUCCUGCCGCGGUUCGACGCCAAGGGGGGCGUGGUCUCGGCCCACAUCAUGAGCGUGGGCUGGUCGGCCGACCACCGGGUGGUGGACGGCGCCACCAUCGCCCGGUUCUCCAACCUGUGGAUCCGGUACCUGGAGAACCCGGGCGCCAUGCUGCUGGACCUCAAGUAGAAGAAGAAGAAACACUUCCUGUUGCCACGGCAACGCCGCUCUGUUGUAUUCAUCUCGGUGCCUUUUCGAGAGAGGAGGGAAAGAAAGGGGGCGGGGCCAGACCGUCACACUCAUGUUACUUCCUGUUUUGGAUCUCGCCCGUUUGUUUUUCCAGUUUUGGUGUAAAUGGGGCGGAGCCAGCAUCUCACAAUGGCUUUACUUCCUGUUUUUUAUUCUUUUGGUCCCGCCCACCAAUGCUCCAUAUUAGGUAAAAAGGGGGCGGGGGCCGUCCGUUCCCACUCAUGUUACCACCUGUUUUUGAUCCCGCCCACUUGUUUUACACAGUACAUAAAAAGGGGCGGGGCAUGUCUGAAAGAAUUUCCUUAUUGGAUGUAUUCCAUAUUAGGUAAAAAGUGGGCGGGACCAGUUUGUUAAUUUCACACUUCCUGGUUUGACCCCACCAUUUUACUAUAAUGUGUGUAAAAGUGGGCGGGGCCAGCCUCACACUCAUGUCACCUCAUUGUAUUUAGACCCCGCCCAUUAAGUCUAUAUAUUAGGUGAAAGGGGGCGUGGUCAGAUGAAAAUACUCGUUACUUCCUUAUUUGAUCCCGCCCACUAAUUUCCCGUAUUGGGUGAAGAAACGGGGCGUGGCCUUUCUGACACAGCACUUCCUUAUUGGUUAUCUCUCGCUUGUUGCCAUAUAAGGUAAAAGUGGGCGUGGCUAGCACAUCACUGACUGUACUUUUUUUUUUAAAUCCUGCCCACCAAGGCUCCAUAUUUGGUGAAAAGGGGCGGGGCCACUGCACCACACUCACAUGUAUUCCUCUAUUCUUUCAUCCCCGCCCCUUUUCUCCUUAUAUGGAGCCUUGUGGGCGGGGUUUCCGCACAAUAUGGACCCUGUGUGUGUUUUACCGUUUGUUACAUUUUGUUCUUUAAAGAGAAAUAAAGACUUGAUAGAACUGUG